AUGGAAAUAGAAAGAUAAAUGUAAAUAAAAAUGAGGGAGUAAAGUUCUUUUCAUAAAGUGAUUGUUAAAACAUGGGAUGGUGAGUAUGCUACAUCUUAAAUACACACUAUUUACAAUUUCUUGUAAUAUGUUAGAGGAAAGGGAACCUAUUGUAGAUAAGGAAGUAAAAUUGAUAAAUUGAUAAAAUUACAUUGAAAUAUUGAAGAGUAAUCAAUAUAUUAUUAUUAAAUAGAUUUUAUAAUUUUAUGUUAUGAAGAAUUUAUAUAAGGUAGAAAAUAAAAAUUUGGAUAGCAUAGUCUAUAACUAAGAAAAGUAUAUUUAAAUAUCUUAUUCGUUUAGAAUUGGAGGCUAAAAGGGAAUAGAUCUCAAUAUUUAUAUAAGUAAUUCUAACCUUCUGAAUUUUCUAUUUAACAUUAUUUAAGAUAUUCUUUAACUUAAUUUGUGCAUUAAUUAAUUGAAUUAAUUUUAAGAACAUUUUUGCCUUAACAUCCUGAAUUAUUAAAUUACUUUUUGAUUAUUUUAUCACUACAAUCUAUUUACUUCUUUAAAAUCAUCUAACAUUAUGAAAGAUUUAAUUUCUUAAUAAAAAAUAAUUGUAAACUAAUUCAUCCUCAUUACUAUUCAUAAUUUAGAGACGAUUAAUGUAGAACCUUAAGUUCCUACUAUAAAUUAAUUCAAAUUUGUUGUCCAUUUGAAAAAAAUAUAAGACUUAUCUAACUGAAAUCUUGGAAUUGCAUCUUUUUGAUCGAUUUUAAAAAUAAACUCAGGUAUUUACAUUCAAAAUCAAUAGUCCAUUCCAUAACAUUUAUGAAGCGACCUUGUUUCGUGAUAGGUUUUAUAUGUUUGCAUAUGCUAAUUCUGAAGUAAUCUUAUUCGGCUGUACCAAUCUCAAUUAAGUCAUAUCAAUUCUUCCAGUUUAAAUCAAAAAAAAUAAAUUUGAUUACAUUUUAUAUUUUAGCUCAGUCCUUAAUUUACAUUUGAAAUUUAUCAUUUCAACUAUUUUAUUUAUGAAAAGAGGCAGAGUUUUAGGUUCUCUAUUUUUUAAAAUUCAAAGCUUAAAUUUUAUUUCUUUAUAAUGA